AGGUCAGCAAAAUGGCGGCCGCUCGUCAUCUGUGCAGUCUAUGUGGAGGGCCGCCGUUGACGAGCCAUGCCGGUUAUCGUGUGUUGACCUCGAUCUGGUGCACCGGCCAACACGAGACUGGUGUUUACAGAAACACGAAGUUCCGUCCAUAUCAUAGUGGCUUUGUAGGAACUGCCUCGAUGGCUCGUAAACUUACGAAUUUCUAUACGUAUAAGUGCAAAGGACCGAUUGUGGAACACCGGAUAAGAAGUUCUCUAUUUGUAACGCGACAGAUUACAAGUAAAACAACCACAGUUUAUGGUGAAGCCAAGCCAAAUGUGGAACCUAUUUCUCAGACAUCAGUCACAAAUACAGAUAAAAAUACGCCAGUUAAUUUAUCAGACACAUUGCCCAGUAACAAGACAAGUGCAUUGAAUACUGCUCUUGUAAACAAUAUUUCUAAAAUUUCCCCCUGUCCACUGGAGCCUGAAGAUGGCAACAAGGAUGUGUUUACACUAGACAAGAGCUGGACCGAACAAAAAUUAGAUUUUUCCAAACUACCUUACUACUAUAUGCAACUAGGAAAGAGUCGACUUACAGCUCUGGUGGUGCUGACUGCUGCUGGUGGAUACGUAAUGGCUCCUGGUGAUUUUUAUAUUGGAACAUUAUUAUUCACAACACUUGGGACAUUCUUGACGUCAAGUUCAGCCAACGCUAUAAAUCAAUUUAUAGAGGUGCCAUAUGAUUCCCAGAUGGCAAGAACAAGAAACAGAGUACUAGUUCAGCAGUUGAUCAGUCCACUUCAUGCCGCAACUUUCGCUGCUGUGUCUGGGAUUGCUGGAACUGCCAUCCUGGCAUUGGGAUGUAAUCCAUUAACUGCUGUACUGGGGCUUGGUAACUUAGCCCUCUAUACAAUGGUGUACACACCGAUGAAGAGAGUCAGUAUUCUGAAUACAUGGGUAGGUGCUGUUGUAGGAGGAGUACCACCAUUGAUGGGAUGGGCCGCUUGUAUGGGGCAUCUUGAUCCUGGUGCAUGGCUCUUAGCAGGAUUUCUUUAUGCAUGGCAGUUCCCUCAUUUCAAUUCCCUCAGCUGGAACCUACGAGGAGAAUAUUCUCGUGGUGGAUAUCGUAUGAUGGCGACUACUAACCCAGCUCUCUGUCGCCGAGUGGCUUUACGCUACAGUUUCGGAAUAAUUGCACUUUCAACACUUGCGCCAGUGGUGAACCUAACCACAUGGGCAUUCGCCGUGGACUCGCUACCAAUUAAUUUAUACAUGUCAUGGCUAGCAUGGAGGUUUUACAAGAAUAAAGAUUCAGAAUCUGCCAGGAGACUUUUCCGCUUCAGUUUGCUGCACCUUCCUUUGUUGAUGCUGCUGUUACUCAUAAGUAAAAAGAAGCUGUAUGAAAAGAACAUUGAUGCGAAAUCCAAAACUGUUUAGUGUAUCAUACGUCAUUAGUUUAUUCCCAAACCACAUCCAACAUUCUAAAAGAAUACAUCAGUUUACCUCUUGCGAACUUGUUACUUACAACAAAUGUCGUUGUGUACUUUGUGUAAAAAAAACACUUCCCUCUGGAGAUGCAACAUAACACAUCUCUUAACUGAAAUUCAUACUCAGGGAUUGAUGUAUCAUCAAAUUGCAUAAUGUAAAUACUAAUGAUUGUGUAUGAUAACAGCUAAUUAUUUAUUCAAAAAUUUUCAAUGGUUUUGGGGUUAUUAAAACUAUCCAGCUUGCAGUUGGUGAUUGUGUAAACAAAGACUUGAAUGCUGAGAUGCUGCCAGGAACAUUAUACUAUGAACAGUAUCAGUUGAAGUACAAGCAUUGUAAAAUUGAGUUUUUGCUGUUAUUUUCUAUUUUUAAUUUAUGUGUAGUAUGGACAUUUUAAUUGCUGAAGUUAUUAUUGAAUGCUCAACCAAAUUGUCUUUCAUGUGCAAAGACAAUUAAGACAUUACAUGCUAUUUCAAUUAUAAAAAAACAUUAACAUGAGUGUUAAGAAAAUUU